GCAGCAUGGCAACAUAAAACCUUAUAAAGAAUGAGGCACACCCCAGCGGGCAGCUUCAGUUCAGCGCCUCCAUGACAGCAGCAGCAGCAGCGCCUUGCAGCAGUCAUGCUCAGCCUCAUGAAAUUACCACAAGUCUUCACCAUCAAUCAAGUGCCCAAAGUUUUCCACGAGGACAGCAUCAUCUCCGGCUACCGACACCCCCACAGCUCAGCCACCGACUGCAUCCUGAGCCUCUUCCAGCUGACCAAUGAGACGCUCAACAUCUGGACCCACUUUUUGCCCACAUGGUACUUCCUAUGGGAAGCAGUGACGGUGGUGUUGGUGCAGACAGCAUGGAAGGACUCCUUCAGCUGGCCUCUGGUGCUCUUCCUGCUCACCUGCUGCAUUUAUCCGCUGGCGUCGAGCCUUGCUCACACCUUCAGCAGCAUGUCGGCGCGGGCACGCCACAUCUGCUUCUUCUUCGACUACGCUGCCCUCAGUUUCUACAGCCUGGGCUCAGCAAUCGUCUAUUCAGCUUAUGUUUUCCCGGACAAGUGGGUGAACAGCUUCUUCCACCGGUGCUACGUUCCCAUCGCUGUGUUUAACACUGUCAUCUGCACCGUCAUAGCCUGCUACUCCAGGCUUGGCCUACCAUUUGUCCACUAUAAUCAUGACGUCCUAAAGAGAUUCUCCGAGUGCCAGACUCCAAAGUUCAGCAAAUAUCUCCGUGUUGUUGCCUUCGCCUACCCCUACAUGUUUGACCACAUUCCUCUGUUCUACAGGGUGUUUCUGUGUGUAGGAGACGGCUGCACAGACAAUGAUACCAACAUGCUCCACUACAACCACAUCGCCUUGGCUCAACUCACAGGCUUUCUGUUUGCCACACAUUUACCUGAGCGCCUGGCGCCUGGCAGCUUCGACUACAUCGGUCACAGCCAUCAACUCUUCCACGUGUGCGGCAUCCUUGGCACCCACUUCCAGAUGAAGGCCGUUCAACAGGACAUGGUGGCACGGCGCCCCUGGCUCAUUGAACACUCCAUGCCCAUCACCUUCGCCAACUCAGUGGGUGCAGCAGUGCUCUGUGUGGUGGUGAAUUUGACUGUCAUCUUCCUCUACAGUCUACCUCUCCUCUCUGCUCCAGCCUGUCAAGAAAAGAAACAUGACAAAGGUGCAAAGGCAGCCUCAGCCAGGGCCUGCCUCUGCUCCUAAACCUCCGGCUUAUUCAAUUUCAGCUGGUCACAAGAUGUACAGACGUGGGGAAAGAGUGCAUUAUGGGUGUUAUGGGUGUUAAGACGUAACUCUGAUGACUGCUGCUACAUGUGUGGGUAAACUGAAAAUAACGGCGUACGUUGCACAAACAUACACUGGAAAUUAAACAAAAUGUUUGUUACUGUUAUAUGUAAUGAAUCUAAAUGUUUCUCAGGAAACUGUUUUCUACAAAAAGCUACAAAAGUAGCACACUUGCUACUAUGAGGAAGUGCUGUCUAUCUUAAUAAAAAGAUAGACAUGCUCAGUUUUAUGAUUUCCACUCGUGGGGUAUGAAGAGACUGUCUGCUGCAGGGAACAAUCACUGUGUCAAAUUCAAAAUGUCAAUUUCACUGUCAAUUUCAAAUUGUAGUGCUGCAUUUAGACACUGUGCCUUCUCAUCGUUAUAGUGCGUGUGCUUGUUCACAGCCUGUUGGAUUGUACUGCCUUGUACAUCACUCACAUACUGACAAACAUUCCAAGACAAAGGAGACAGUUAUGACAAGGGAAGAAAAUGAUUUGCUGUUGAGUUUGAGCUGCCUGCACAGUAGGAAGUCAACAAGUUCAAAGUGUAAAAUAUGUAGCCUGAUACAGAGAAAAUGUUUUCAGAAUAUUAACCUCAUAUGAUUGCUGUCUCUGUCCCCUGCCACAAUGUGCCUUUGAUGCAAAACUGAAAGUAUUUUUGUACAAUGUUAUUUAUUUUCAAAUAAACUACAAAACAAACUUA